GUUUUUCUGCAGCGGCUCAGUCCAUGCAGGUGGAAUCUGUAUUAGUGUAUCUGGGUAGAAAGUGUAUAAUUUGACAAUUUCGGCUUUACAAACUGUGCAUAUCUAUAUGAAAGAAGAAAGGAAAUAUUAAGUAAUUGUGCUGGCCUUUACGACAAAGUCACUUAAACAAGUUUUAGAUCCGUUUUGACUGGAGAUUUUCAAUUGGUACACUAUGUAUCCAGUGUUUACAUAGAUUGAUUUUUUAAGGAUAAUGGACUGCUCUUGUCAACGGGUUAUUUUAACAGAGGCACAAUAUUAAACAUUUAAACGUUAAGAUAAAAAAAUAAAAAGUCGGCAUGCGGACUCUUCAGAGUUUAGAUGAAAAUGGAGGCUCGUUUGUCAAAUUGAAAACUACUGUGUUUGCAGUAUCCAAAUGAAAUAGUCGCCAGCGUUAGGUUUUUACUAUAGGGGAUGCACUAGUGUUAAUGCUAUAUUGUAGAUGCUACUUACUCAUUGAUGGUUGGUCCUCUGCUCCACGGCAGCUAAAAGCCAGCGUGAAUUAUUUUAUCAUUAUUUUGCAUGCGAGGUACUGUACACACUCGGACUACAUAGGUUUGUGUAGUUUUUUAGCACCGAAUUAUAUUAAUAAAUUAAUCGGGCAAUAAGAUGGAUGAAGCUAGCGUUAGUGAGUCCUUGCCAGAUUUGAAAGAUCUGGAAAUUAAAAUUGGGAGGAAAACGCCGGAUGGACUGCUCAGAUGGAUGCGGGAAGACUCGACUUUGCAUCUCGCAGACGGCAAGUUAAGUACAUCGGAGAGCAUGGACCGAGAAUCGGGGAAGAAGGGCCUGGCUGAAAAAAUCAGGGAUUUAAAACUCGAAAUGGCCUACCUGCGCUCCAUCGAUGUUAAGAUCCUGCAGCAGCUGGUGGCGGUCCAUGAGGGAAUCGAGGCCGUGAAGUGGAUCCUGGAGGACAAGAGCAACCUGACUAGCCGCUGCAGCAGUCUGACCAGCAGCCAGUACAGCCUGGUGGAGAGCCAAGACACCUCCUGGAGGGGAAGCUGGAACAGCCUGCAGGACCCCAAUGACAAGCUGGACAACAUCUCCAUUGGCAGCUACCUGGACACCCUUGCUGACGAAAUGGAUGAAUAUUGCCCCUCCAGCUCGGAGUCUGUGAUCUGUGCCACUCCACUGGUCCCCGGUGGCCCUCUCACAAUGGAGACACAAUGGGAUGUGGGGCAGACCGGGGGUCCAAGCUCCCCGCAAUUCAGAAUGCAGCGCCCAAAAGAGGAGCAACCCUGGACCAAAGCAGUCUUGGAGCGUCCAAAAGCUGCAGAAUUCAGGAGAGCUGCCACCACCACUGACCCUGUUCAUCUUCAGCAGCAGGCUGUUGGCAACAGCUACCCAGACAAACAAAACACACAGGACAGGCAGGCAGAUGGCCUGGAGCAGCCUGGUAUAAACUCCACCAGGAGCUGUCUAGCAGAAAAGCUGAGCAAAAGCAGUCCAAAGCUGAAGCCCUAUAAGAACGGGAAGAUCGAUUUAGAAGGGUAUAAACUCAACAGCAAAAUCCACAUGGAGUAUGAUGCCCACUGGCGCUGGGUGCAGUCCCAGGAUGAUGUGACUUUCUUAUGAGAAAUAUGCAGAUACAUGUGCAAGCAGCCAUAAUAGAUCACAAGUAAUACCCCUCACACACAGGCAAUAUCAAUUCUGCAGUUUCUGGUAUAAUUUGAAUUUCUGGUUUUGGAAACACACGGUUAGAUCUGGUAUCCAUAAUCUUUUUCAAUAAAUGUAAAAUUUUCUAAUACAACCUCUAGUAAUCAGUUUGUCCUUGGGAUGAUAAAAUUAAUGUGAAGGCCUAUAUAGGUAAUUAUAUAUUUGUACACAUAACUGUGACAUUGUCAGAUUUCAUGCCUGUGAUUCUUCUUGCAGAUGGCAUUGUCUGCCUUGCACAUUAGACAUAUCAAAAUCAAAAGCAAUCUGGCGCAGAGACUGGAACGUAGUCUGGCAGCCUCUUUCCCCACAUGAAGUAUAGAUGUAGAAGACAGCUCUAAUUGUCCUAAAGCAAAGCACUGACAUACAUAUAGCUGUUUUUUUCUCAAAUGAAGGACACCUUUUAAAUACAGCCAGGUAAAUGGAAUACAGUAUUUUUUAAAACAUGAAAAUCAGGGCUGGAAGCAUACCACAGCUUCACCUGUUUGUGAGUAUUUGCUUAAUAAGGAGGUGUUUUCCAAGGAGUUCAUCAAGACUGCAAGAGUAUUUGGUUUUCCAGGGCAUCCUUUUUAUAUUUUUAUGUCUGAAUUCAUUAGCAUAAAGCAAAUCUAACUUCUUUAAAAAGAAAAAAAACUGUUUAGCUGUCAAUGCAUAGUUAUUACAAGAUUACAUUUUUAAUCACUCUAUGGAGGUACCUGUAUAGAUAAUUAAUAUGAUGUCAUGGAUGUUUGCUGCAAAGUUAGGUGUAAAGUCAAUUUAUAUAUAUUUGUUAGCACAGUUUUUCUGCAACCCUGGUCUUGCGAGCCAUAGCUGUGCACAUUUUAUACAUCACAUUGUAAAAGAUUAGAGAGGAAUACAGGUAUUUUUCCAUUUAAAAUUAAGAUAUGAGCCUGAAAAAUGUCAUGUAAAUCAAAAACUCAAGUUAAGAAUUAAGUCCCAUCAUUGUGCAUAUAAAUGGGGGGGGGGGGGGGGGGUGUUCUUGGUUAACUAGUUCUGGGUAUCAUAUCAUCAAGAUGUAGUAGCAUAGUUGUGUUUAAAGUAAUUUUAAAACUAUUUGUUAAUGUUUAUCAAUUUAAUAUAAAAUGUGAGGAGGAGACCAUUGUCAUGUGCUCAUAGACACAUAUGAACUGCACAUCUUUAGUCCUUUUACUCUGUGAACCUUUUACAUGCCUUUUUUAUUAACACUGUUUUAAUGAUAAAGUCUUUGCAUUUGCAUGUGCAUUGAAUUUCUAUUUUAUGAUUUUUCCAGAUAUUGGCUUACUUUUAUUUUAGGAUUUUAUGGAUUUUAUUAAUUUUAUUUAAGAUUUUAUACAUUACAGUAGGUACAGACUAAGACGCUGCAGACUUUUUCUGGAUUUAUUUAGUACUGUAAGUAUGAGUUGAUUGGAGAUGAACAUUGGCCAGAAGAAAACUGAGACAAAGACUACCACCUGUCUGUGUGUCACCUGAGCGAUGAUUUUCAUCUCUACACACAGCAGGGUACAGUACAUGCAGCUUUUAUUGUCACAAACACAUCAAACACGUUGCCUGUUGUUGGCUGUGCACAAGUGUGCAUGUUACAGUGAGAACCAUGCACUUCUAAAUUAAUAAGUGGUAUACAUUCUUGAGGUGCAUUAAAUCAAAAACACACAAAUUAAGAAUGCCUAAAUCAAGAACUACAGUACCUGUAUGUAAUUAUAAGGACUGAUUUAGCAUAUAAUACAUUACAUUACAUCAUGUAGAGAUCAUAUUGCCUGAAAUAAUUUGCGGAACUCCAGGAUCAGGGUUACAGACCUCUGUUUUAGUGUUAUACAAAUGUGUGUAAAUCAUAUAAAAGAAUUUUGCUUAAAGCCUACAAGGCUGCACAUUUGUUGAAUUGAAUCUUGUGAUCCUCUUCAAAGGCCUUGUAAAUAAUGCAUCCUAUUUGCAGCCACAUAUUUCACUUUAAGCCUGUAUGUGCCUAUGACCUUCCUGAGCAACGUAAUCUCUGACUCGGCAUGUUUUCUAUUUUGAUUGUUUUAAGUGCUGAUUCACUGUCAAACUGCAUUUUAUUUUGCAGUGAGGUAGACAUUAUUGUGUGGUACACUGUUUUAAUUCUGUGACUUCUCAAGUCUGCAUGCCGAGAAAACAUGCUAAUUGGAAAUGUUUGAUUAUGUCUAAAAUCCCUUUAUAUGUGUACAGCUGUUCAUUACAACAAUGUUCAUUACAACAAUGGGAGAAAAAAAGGUAUCUAAUUGACUUCCUGGUGAUUUGAUAGCAAAGGAAGGAAACCUAUUUUUCCUUUGAUUGGCUUUAUUGUCUGGCUUGUCCUGGCAAGUCUCUUGAGUUCUCCUUUUAUGACAUGCCAAAAUUUGUGUUCAGUAAAGUCUUUUAUAGUUCAUCUGGAACAAAAAAUAGAAUAUCUCUCAGUCCUCAAGGACCAGUGUUCCAUUCAUUAGUUGUUUAAUUGAUUCAUAGCUUGGAACAAGUGUUCCAAAUCAUUAAAUUAUAGGUAAUUUAAAUUGACAUAUACUGUAAGGAUAACUUGAUUGGCAUGCUCCAGGAACAAGGUUGGAGGUCAUACUGUACCUAUGCAAUAGAAUAUUUUUACAUGACAUCUUGUUUUAUAUACCAAAUUAACAUUUACUGUACCACCUGAGAUACAGCAUCACAACUUUAUCUCCAGCCCAUUCAUCCAGUAAAGAGUGGCACACUACUUGAAAUUUCAGAUGAGCAAACGACUGAAUUUCACAUUGCAAUAACCCCAUGUGAGCCCUUAUAUUUCUUUGUCAGAUUGGUCUUUUAAUUUUUUUUAGAUCUGGUUAGGAGUCUCAGUUCCCUAACCACUAUGCUACUGCUGCUCUUUGUACUCUCCUCUCGAAUCUUCAAUUAAAUGAUCCAAUUCAACCCGUGCUGCAGCUUUCUGGAAGGAGCCGCAGAGUGCCAACAGACAUUAAGACUAGUCCCAGGAUUUUAAGCUGAAUAGUAAAGCAGGGACUGUCAUGAGAAAACAAUAAAGUUGAACUAUUUCGGGGAAAUAUCAGUGCCAAAACUGAGCUGCACAAAAUCCACUACCUUGCAAAAGUAUUCCGACCCCUCCUUAUUUUACUUAUUUAAAAUCUGAGUGCUCAAACUGAUGACUUCUAAGAAUAAGAUAUGUUAUACUAAAUGUCAGCAAAAAACUAAAGAGAAAAAAUUAGUUACAAUAUGUUGAUUGCAUUAAUAUUCAGACCCGUAAUUUUCUCAAUUUGGUGGAAGCAGCUUGGGCAGCAAAUACAGCCACAAUUCUUUUUGGGUAAAUCUCUACCAACAUUUUGAGAACCAGCUUUUGUCCAACUUUGCUGGUAGGUUUACUCUUGGGUUGCUUAUGGACUGCAAAGCUCAAGUCUUUCCACAGAUUUUCUGGAAAAUGUAAGACAUUCACUCUGCUGUUAUUACUCAAGAACUUUCACUUUCAGCUGCAGCUCUUACCCUGUGCUUUGUGUCAUAUUCCAGCUGGAAGGUGAAAUUUCAUCCAUGCUUUAUGCUUUCAACAGAGGCAGGUUUUCUUCUAGCAUUUGCCUUUGCUCUAUUCAUUUUCCUUCAAUCCUGACAAGUCCCUGCUGUUGAGAAGCAGCCCAUUAACUUAAUGCUGCCUUCAUUCUUUACGAUAGGAAUGCACUGUGCUAAGUUUGUGCCAUACAGUAAAUAUUGCUUUGCAUAUAGACCAAAAUCUUCCAUUUUUGUAUUCUGACUAUAAACUGUUUUGCCACGUUAUUAGUAUCACAUAAAUGCUUUGCCAUUAAAUAUUGUAGUUCCUUCAAAGUCACUGCUGACUUCAUGGUGGCAUCCCUGACCAGCUUCCUUCUUUUUGAGUUUUGAGUUUGGAGAAAUCUUGGAAGUGUGUAUGUGGUACAAUGCACCUUCCAUUUCCUGAUGAAUGGAAAAUGCUCAGAGGGAUUUUUAGAGACUUACUGUAGGUAUUUUUCCUACUUUUCUCCUGAGCUGGACAUUUCAGUAUUUAAUUCCUUAAAUGUUAUAAAAACUCUUUUGUUUUUAGGGUUGAACCUUUGCUCGAAAUUCACUACACUACAAGGAACCUCACAGAGACAAGUGUUUUUAUUCUGAAAUCAUGUGCACCACUAUUAUUGCAUACAGACCCAGGCCACUGAACUAAUUCUGUGGCUCAUUAAGAUAAUUUUAUGCACCUAAAUAAAUUAACACUUCUGCAACCAUAAUUUUGAAUUUUGUUUCAUAUUGUCUUUUUACAUUAUUAACUUUUACUUUUACUAAAUUACUUACCCCCUCCUUUAUCUUAAAAGAUAGAAAAAACAAGGUCUGUUUCAAAUUAAUAAAAUGUGUAUCUGCAUAUAAACAGUCAGUUGAUUUUAAUUGGUUGUAUGAAGCUGAACUUAUUUUUUAUCUUCAGUUUUCAGCUACCGUGUAUGUAAUUACUGUAAAAAAAGGUUACUUUCAUCUGACUUUAAAGGUUCCUGUUUCUGUUCAAAAUUUGGUUGCAGCUUGUAUUAUUUUUAAGUUUUAAGAUUUAACAUUGUGUGUCCUUCUUUGUCUUGGGCUUCCUGGCUAACUGAUAAUUGAAGCUAAAAAAAUGCAAACACUUUCUGAAUGUUGAUGAGGAAGAAUCAGAACAGUUUAUUUAUCCCACAAAUGAUUGUUAAUUGUUCUGCACAAUUUGAAUUGAACUCUUGGUGUAAGUGAGAUUAUGUUGCAUAUGUUUUUGUACCCAAUGGAUGUACUGUGUAAUAUAUGUGCAUUGUGGUACUCAAUGUUAUUUUUAAAGAAAAAUGUUAAAGUUAUGGCAGCUGUAAGGUCAUAAUGCUAUAAGGAGUUCAGACUGAGACUGAAAUAAUUUGAUUGCUAAUGAAAUAAAACAACUGUUCUCUUUUGCAGCUCUUUAGCUGUUUUUUAUUUGCUGUUGUGUUGUUUCUGAAAGCAGGGGAUGGUAAAAAAUACUUGACUUCCUUCCCAGUUUGAGGAAAGUUGUUUUUUUCAAUUGUUAUGGAAAUAGUACAUAGGCUUUGCCAAAACUAAAUGUUCUUUGGGUUUGGGUUAGAAGAAAAGCCAUUGAAACAAUCUAAAAUGCACUGGACUUGCUGCCAACUAGAGUUUCUUUUUGGCUAUAGAAUAUGGUUGUUUGUAAAGCAAUGGUUUGCAGACUGAAUAUAAAGUAUUUUUUGUAAUAAAAUGUAUAUCUUAUUAUGAAGUGUUCAACUGUUCUAAAUAAUUUGUACAUUGUAUAAAAACCCUAUAGCUUGCUCAUGAUCAUAAUUAAAAGAAUAACUUAAAUGUCA